CGGGGGUGGCGGCGUUGGGCUGGGCCGCAGAGCGCUGGUGGCCGAAGCCAUGGCUUCCUGGGCCGCGCUCUCGCCCAGCAUCGUGGAGUAUUUCGAGGGCGAGGACUUCUACCGCUGCGGCUACUGCAAGAACGAGUCGGGGAGUCUCUCCAAUGGCAUGUGGGCACAUUCCCUGACGGCUCAGGAUUAUCAGGAUCUUAUAGACCGAGGGUGGCGAAGAAGUGGGAAAUAUGUGUACAAACCUGUCAUGAAUCAAACAUGCUGUCCUCAGUACACGAUAAGGUGCCGACCUUUGCAGUUUCAGCCCUCAAAAUCUCACAAGAAGGUUUUGAAAAAAAUGUUGAAGUUUUUGGCCAAAGGGGAGAUUUCCAAAGGAAGUUGUGAGGAUGAGCCCAUGGAUUCCACAGCGGAGGAUACUGUUGCAGGUGAUUUUGCAUUAAUAAAUAAACUGGAUAUACGCUGUGACCUGAAAACACUACGUGAUGACCUCCAAGAGAGCUUAGAGAGUGAAGAGAAGAAAGGAAAAAAUGCAAAGAAAGAAGAAUCCACUGAGUUAACCGAGUCACAACGUGCAGAAGAGAAGUUGGGCUCUGGUGAACCAUCACCUUCAGUUAAAGUUCAGACCACUCCUAAACCAGGCAAAGGGGCUGAUUUGACUAAGCCUCCAUGUCGAAAAGCAAAGGAAAUCCGGAAAGAAAGGAAGAGGUUGAAGCUCAUGCAGCGAAGCUCAGCUGAGGAGCCGCAGGGCCUCCGGGCUCAAGGCGAACCGCCAUCUUUGAUCCCACCGAAGGCUAAAUCCAACGCGCCCAAAUCCCUCGAAGAUUUCAUUUUUGAACCUUUACCAGAGGAUGCAUCACACAAGCUAGAGGUGAGGUUAGUACCUGUCUCUUUUGAGGACCCAGAGUUCAAGUCGUCCUUCAGCCAGUCCUUUUCUUUAUAUGUCAAGUAUCAAAUGACCAUACACCAGGAUCCGCCUGAUGAAUGUGGGAAGACUGAGUUCACAAGAUUCCUUUGCAGCUCACCUCUGGAGGCAGAGAACCCCCCGGAUGGACCAGAGUGUGGUUACGGCUCCUUUCACCAGCAGUACUGGCUUGACGGCAGGAUCAUUGCCGUGGGGGUGAUUGAUAUCCUUCCGCACUGUGUGUCGUCCGUGUAUUUGUACUAUGAUCCUGAUUACUCUUUUCUGUCUUUGGGCGUCUACUCUGCACUAAGGGAAAUUGCCUUUACUAAGCAGCUUCAUGAGAAAACGUCUCAACUCAGCUAUUAUUACAUGGGUUUCUACAUUCACUCGUGCCCCAAAAUGAAAUACAAGGGUCAGUACAGACCUUCGGAUUUGUUGUGUCCUGAGACAUAUGUUUGGGUGCCCAUUGAGCAGUGCCUGCCCUCACUUGAAAACUCCAAGUACUGCCGCUUCAACCAGGACCCAGAAGCAGCAACAAAAAUGGAGACUAUUAUACAUGUGGACCUGGCCAGACGUAAUAAACAGGAAUCAAAACGACUACAUCUGUGGAAAGAUGAAAAAGCUCAAUAUCAUCAGUCAGAACAAGGCCAGGGGUCAGCUGUGGAACAGACCUUCAAUUGCCUAUGUGCAAGUUCAAGUCGAAGCUGAAGAAAAUUAAAACUAGUCCACGAGAGCCAAAGUAUGACCUUGAGUAUAUCCCACUUGAAGUUAAGAGACCAUUUCAAGAAUAGAUCUGACUUAUUGAACACUAAUGACCGAAGAAGACCAGAUGAGUUGUGGGAUGACAUCAAGGACAUCAUACAUGAGGAAAGCAAGAAGGUCAUUAAAAAGACAGGAAAGAAAGAAAGGACCCAAGUGGAUAUCAGAAGAGACUCUGAAACUUGCUUUUGAACGCUGAGUAGCUAAAGUGAAUGGAAGAAAUGAUAUGGUAAAAAAGCUGAACAGAAGAUUUCAAAGGGUGGCUUGAGAAGACAAAGUAAAGACUAUAAUGAGAUGUGCAAAGAGCUGGAGUUAGAAAACCAAAAGAGAAGAACGAACAUGCCUGGCCUUUCUCAAGCUGAAAGGGCUGAAGAAAAAAUCCAAGCCUCGAUUUGCAAUAUUGACGGAUUCUAUGGGCAACAUAUUGAGCAACGCAGAAAGCAUUAAAAGAAGAUGGAAGAAAUAUGCAGCGUCACUGUACCAAAAAGAGUUGGUUGAUGUUCAACCAUUUCAGGAGGUAGCAUAUGAUCAAGAGCUGGUGGUAUUGAAGGAAGGGGUCCAAGCUGCACGGAAGGCAUUGGCGAAAAACAAGGCUCCAGGAAUUGAUAGAAUAACAAUUGAGAUGUUUCAACAAAUGGAUGCUCACUCGUCUAUGGCAAGAAAUUUGGAAGACAGUUUCCUGGCCAACUGACUCAAGAGAUCCAUAUUUGUACCCAUUCCAAAGAAAGGUGAUCCAACAGAAUGUGGAAAUUAUUGAACAAGAUCAUUAAUACCACACACAAGUAAAAUUUUGCUGAAGAUCAUUCAAAAGUGGUUGCAGCAGUAUAUCGACAGGGAACAGCUAGAAAUUCAGGCCGAAUUCAGAAGAAGUCUUGGAACGAAGGAUAUCAGUGCUGAUCUCAGAUGCAUCUUGGCUGAAAGCAGAGAAUACCAGAAAGAUGUUUACCUGUGUUUUAUUGACUAUGCAAAGGCAUUUGAUCGUGUGGAUCAUAACAAAUUGUAACAGCCCCAUACUCCUGAGACUUUGAUGUUCUUAAAUUGAUUUUUUAGAGCCAUCAAUAUCUCUUGAACGAACAAAUCUGUCUUAGAAGAAGCACAGCCAGAAUGCUCCUUAGAGGCAAGGAUGGUGAGACUGCAUCUUACAUAUUUUGGCCAUGUUGUCAGGAGGGAUCAGUCCCUGGAGAAGAACAUCAUGCUUGGCAGAGUACAGGGUCAGCGGAAAAGAGGAAGACCCUCAAUGAGGUGGAUUGACACAGUGGCUGAAACAAUGAGCUCAAGCAUAACAACGAUUGUAAGGAUGGCUCAGGACCGGGCAGUGUUUUGUUCUGUUGUGCAUAGGGUCGCUAUGAGUUGGAACCGACCCGAUGGCACCUAACAACAACAACAACAAUAACAAUAUCUCUCUUUAAUCUAUUGUUAAUCAUUUGGUUUUUUUUAGUUUCCACAGAUUUACUUCAUCAAACUACAAAUAAAAUUAAAAGGAAGUGUGCUAACUUCUAAUCGAAAAAUACCGAAUCAAAACAUUAUUGUACUGAAUAAGGUAUGACAACUGAAGUUAUGUUUUAUGUUCUUAUUUGCACUGUUAGUAAGGCACCCACAAGCGACACUCUUGCCAUUCUAAAGCCUUGAUGGGAGCAGAAUUGAAAAAUGGCCCUUCAAAUGUGGCAGUGUGGGAGUUUUCUGCCAUAUCCCUGGGUUUUAAUAAUUCUCCGUCCUGGAACACUUUUUAGAGCCAAGUGGCAGUAGACUGUGAAUACACACGUAGAUUUGCGUGCUGGUAGUUUUUGUAAGGUGUCUUAUAUGUCUGAACACAGCAUGAGGGCUUUUUGUACGUGAUUAACAGAGGCCUCACUCGCAGAGAUUCUCAUGGCUCUCCCGUGGGCCCUGAUACCAGGAGCUUCUAAAGCUUCGCAGGUGAUGCUAACAUGCAGCCAAGAUCCAGAACCACAGCACUAGAACUUAGCUUACUCUGCUCAGUGUGUUUUCUUUUUGAGAGCCUGACAUUGGAGGUCAGAUGAACCCUCUUCUAAUGGAGAGGCAGCCCCUGCCUGAGACCCACACUGCCUGGGGCUCCCUGGCUGUGAGCACUCAUUCCCAGCACCUGGACAAGUUCCCUCCUCUCUGUUCUCAAGCAAGAAUAAGGGAGAGAACUCUAGAGGCAGGGCUUGACCUGGACCACGUUCUUCCUACAGAGCUCAGCCCACAACAGCAGAUGGGAGCUUGCUCCUUAAAAAAAGGUGAAUUGACCCAAGGCGAGAAUUCACAAACAACCAGAAGCAGUAGCACUACUUCUACUGAGAUCAGCAGUAAUAAUGGCUCCCACUAUCUGUACCACCUACCUUGAGCCUGACAGGUCAUAUUUAUUUGUUCACUGCCUUAGUAAUCUAGUGCUGCUAUAACAAAUUCCACAAGUGGAUGGCUUUAACAAAGAGAAAUUUAUUCUCUCAUAGUUUAGGAGGCUAAAAGUUGGAGUUCAAGGUGCCAGCUCCAGGGAAAAGCAUUCUUUCUCUGUUGGGACUGGGGGAAGGUCCUUGUCAUCAGUCUUCCCCUGGUCUAGGAGCUUUUCAGAGAAGGGACACCCCGUCCAAAGGACGCGUGCUUCUGGCUUUGCACUCUUGGUAGUAUGAGGUCCCCCAUGUUUCUCUGCUUGCUUUUCUCUUUUAUAUCUCCAGAGAGAUUGAUUUAAGACACAGCCCAGUCUUGUAGAUUAAGCCCUGCCUCAUUAGCAUAACUGCUGCUAAUCCCGCUUCAUUAAUGUCAUAGAGGUAGGAUUUACAACACAUAGGAGAAUCACAUCAGAUGAUAAAAUGGUGGACACACUACAGGGAAUCAUGGAUUAGCCAAGUUGACACACAUUUUAGGGGAACACAGUUCAAUCCAUGACAUUCACCAGCAUUUUAACUGUUUAACCCAAAAACCAAACCCAUUGCCAUAGAGUCAAUUCCAACUCAUAGCGACCCCAUAGGACAGGGUAGAACUGCUCCAUAGGGUUUUGAAUGAGUGGCUGGUGGAUUUGAACUGCUGACCUUUUGGUUAGCAGCAGAGCUCUCAACUACUGUGCCACCAGGGCUCCUUUAACUCUCUAGGAGACUUUAUUUAAAAAAAAUUUUUUUUUCCUUUUUACUGCAAACAAUCAGCGUAUGAUUAUAUGCUUAAUAUUAUUAAAAUCUCGUGGGAAGUGAAGCUCCCACACCACAUCCAGUGUGCAGGCACACACGAGCACACACCUUCACACACCGGCAGUGAGCAUUGUUGAGGGCUGGUAGGGGGCUUUGGGAUCGUUUUCUGUGCAUGUGUUUUGUAAUUUUUAACUAUGUAAUUGAUUUAAAUAUUUAAUUAUAUAAAUAAAUCAUACUGAAAUAUUCUGUGGCUUUUUUUUUUCCUUUAAGUUUAGGAUCUCUUGAAAUCUUUUUGUUAUUAUAUAAAGAACUUUCUCAUUCUUUUUUAAAAGUAAACUUUAUAUUUCAGAAUAGCUGUAGAUAGAAAAGUUGCGAAAAUAGUAGAGUGUUCUCAUGUCCCCACCUCCAGUUUCCUGUUACUAACACCUUACAUCUGUCUUCAUACUUUUUUAGUGGUUGGAUACUGUGAUGUAGUAUGGAUAAUGAGUUCCCCUUGAGGAACAUUUAAGUUUUCAGUUUUCUCCUAUUAGAGCGCUACAGCAAACUCAUAAAUGCAGUGGAACCUUUGAGAGCCGGAACUCGACAGGACUGCCUUGUUUUUCUGGGUCUCGGAAGUUUUCUGCCUUUGGUGGAAAAUAUUUGCAUUUUCCUUCUCUGACAGGUUUCCACCUUACGCAGGCUCUGGCUUUCGCAGGUUUUACUGUGUAUGCAUCUGUAGGCCAGAUUCCUAAAAGUAGGAUUUCUCUGUCCAAGAUCAUGUGGAUUUGCUCUCCAAAAGGCAGUUUGUACACGAUAGCGUCCCAGCCUCAGCCACCUUUAGAAUUUUCAAGUCUUCUGAAGCUCAGGAGAAAGGUUUAGGCUGGACGGAUCUGAAGAUUUGGAGGAUGGUACUGAAGCCACAGGCGUGAAUGAAAUUUCCCAGGGAGAAAGUGUAGAACAAGCAGAAAGGUUGCCCUAGAACAGAGUGCUGUGUACCUCCCAAUAUUUAUCGGUCAAGCAAAGAAGGGAGAAGUCGGCGAAUGUAAAAGGAUAGCCCUGGUGGUGAGAGGAAAACCAGGAGAGUUGUGUUGGGAACAUCAAGACAGAGUGGGUUUCAAGGAGGUGGAAGUUGUCCCUUGGUCUUAUACAGUGCUGAGAGUGAUGCAGCCAGAGAUGUACCCAUUGGAGUUGAGAACAAGGAGACCCUUUGACCCUAGUGACUAGAGUGAAGGUGACUGAGCCAAGAUACACACUGGGCUAGAUUUUGGAGUGAGUGGGAGGCGGGAAAGUGCCUGUUAAAUCACUGCUCUUUAAAGGAGGAGAGAAAAGUUGAGUAAACUAACUCGAGGGUCAGGUCAGUAGGGGUCACAAAGAGUUUUGCUUGUUUGUGCCAGAUGGCAGAGGCUUAAGCUUUUAUAAGGUUGAUGAAAAGGAACUAGUAGAGAGGAAAAUUGAUUACAGGAGGUACUGUAAUCUAUGAUUACAUGUAGGUUGGGCUGAGGCCAAGCCUGGGCCAAAGAAUGGACUUCUACACGAGGACCUUGGGCAGUUAACAGAGAUCAGUGCAUCCUCAAUUUCCCAGCAAAUUGGAGUUAGGCCAUUUCUGCCACUCCUCCCAGCCUCCAUAAGAAAACCAAGUGAAUGUGUUAAUGCCCUCAGGAACGCAAUGUAAUUUCUGAUUUUUUGCCCCAGGAAAUUCUCCAGGUAGAGCCGCUCAUAGGUACUUCAGGAAGACACCUCUAGCUGAAUUCCCUUGGAUGGAAUCAGAGAUCAACCCCAUGUCAAAUGCAUUCUUUGGACAUUAGUAUGAUGGCUAGCUUUCCUUGCAAAUGGGAAUUUGGCUUUAUGAUCCAAUGAAGGUUUUCCUUUUUUCACAAUGUGCUUGUAUUUUCUGAGUGACACUGCCACUCUGGGGGUGACUGCAGAAGCCUCCUAGUGAUCUCCCUGCUUCUACUCUCACCACCCCACCCCGAGUUUGUUCUCAACAUAACAGCCAGAGGGGCCCUUUUAAAAGUCAGGGCAGCCACUUGUAACCCAGUUUGGCAGUUCCUCAAACAAGUAAACAAUUAUCAUGUGACCCAGUAAUUCCACUCUGAGGUGCGUACCCAAGAAGAAUGAAAACAUACAUCCACACAGAAACUUGUACAUGACUGUUCAUUACAGCCUUGUUCCUAAUAGCCAACGAGUAGAAACAACCCAGCUGUCCAUCAGCUGAUGAAUGAAGAAGCAAAAUGUAUAUCCAUUAAAAAGAAAAACCGUUGCUGUCAAGUUCAUUUCAACCAUAGUGAUCCUAUAGGACAGAAUAGAACUGCCCCAUAGAGUUUCCAAGGAGCACUUGGUGGAUUCGAACUGCUGACCUUUUGGUUAGCAGACGUAGCUCUUAACCACUACGCCACCAGGGUUUCCAUAUCCAUACAAUGUGGUAUUAUUCAGCCAUAAAAAGGAAUGGACCAAAAUCAAACCCAGUGCCGUUGAGUAGAUUCAGACUCAUCGCGACCGUAUAGGACAGAGUAGAACUGCCCCAUAGAGUUUCCAAGGAGCACCUGGUGAAUUCGAACUGCUGACCCUUUGGUUAGCAGCCGUAGCACUUAACCACUAUGCCACCAGGGUUUCCAAAAAGGAAUGAAGUAUACUGAUAGAUGCUACAACAUGGAUAAACCCUGAAAAUGUGAUGCUAAGUGAAAGAAACCCGUUUAAAAAGACAACACGUUGUAUGAUUUUGUUUAUAUGAAAUAUCCAGAAUAGACAAAUCCAGGGGUACAGAGGGGUUUGGGGAAGAGUGGAAUGACUGCUAAUGGAUACGACUUUCUUUUUGGGGUGAGGAAAAUGUCCUAAUAGCGAUGGUGGUGAUGGUGACACCACUCUGAAUAUACUAAAAACCAUUGAGUCAUACACUUGAAAGGGGUGAAAUGUAUGGUAUAUGAAUUAUAUCUCAGUGGCACUAUUAUUAUGAAAUGAUAUUUGACAAAGAAGGUAAGUUUAAAUUUUUUUCUUAGUUUUCGUUUUUUACCAGAAAUAUUUUAAUGCGGUGACUAGCAACAGUGUUUCUUAGAAUGUGAAAAUGUGUAAUUCUCCGUGAUGGAUUCCCAAAGCAGCUUUUGAACGUGCCACCAAGUAACGGGUCUGAAUAAUUGGGCGGCUGAGCGGCGGUUUCUGUCGGGCCCACUCUGCGUUACUCCCUGCCUGGCCUUUUGACAUCCCAGAGGAAAAUCCCCCC